CAAACGCGCUCAAGCUGUGAUUGGUUGUUGAGUUCUCUCUCAGCACAAAGAAACAGUACAAAAGAAAGAAAAGAAAAGAUUUUAUACGAAACUAGAAAGAACACCAACCCUAAAUUUCAUUUCAGAGUUUCUGGGUGUAGAUUUAGAACCUCAGGUUAAAAGCCAAAACUCAGGAGAGAGAACUUAAACUCUAAGCUACAAGACAAGCUCUGAUCUUUCUCUUUCUCUCUCUCUCUCUCUCUCUCUCUUAUCUUUCUUUAGGGUUUUCCACUGAGUGAGUAUCUAACUUUCUCUUGUUUUACACAAAUUUGGUUACAGUUUGGUACUGACAUAGAAAAGGAGGAUCAGCUUGUACCAAAGAGAGAGAGAAGAACAAGAAAAGGGAAAGAAAAUAUUGUGGAGAUCAAAACUUUGAUAUAUAGAAAAAAAGAAAUUAAAAUAUAUAAAAAAGGGAAAGAAAAUUAAAAGGGGUGUGUGUGUGGUUGAUUGGGUGGAUAAUAUUUUAGCUGGCAAGGACAUGGGGAGGGGAAGAGUGGAACUCAAGAGGAUAGAGAACAAGAUAAACAGGCAAGUCACAUUUGCAAAGAGAAGAAAUGGGCUUCUGAAGAAAGCCUAUGAGCUCUCUAUUCUCUGUGAUGCUGAGGUUGCUCUCAUCAUCUUCUCUAACCGUGGCAAGCUCUAUGAGUUCUGUAGCAGCUCUAGCAGCAUACUCAAAACACUGGAAAGGUACCAGAAGUGCAGUUAUGGUCAAGUGGAAGUCAACAAACCUGCCAAGGAACUUGAGAGCAGCUACCGCGAGUACUUGAAACUGAAAGGUCGAUUUGAGUCCCUACAACGAACUCAGAGAAACCUUCUUGGAGAAGACUUGGGUCCCUUAAACACAAAGGAGCUUGAGCAGCUUGAGCGUCAACUGGAGUCCUCCUUGAAGCAAGUUAGGUCCACUAAGACUCAGUAUAUGCUGGACCAACUUUCUGACCUUCAAAAUAAGGAACAAAUGUUAAUAGAAGCAAACAGGGAUUUGUCAUUGAAGUUGGAUGACAUUAGUUCAAGAAACCAAAUUAGACAAUCAUGGGAAGGUGGAAACCAGGGGGGUAUGGCAUAUGGGAGCCAGCAUGCUCAAUCUCAAGGGUUCUUCCAGCCCUUGGAUUGCAAUCCCACCUUGCAAAUAGGGUACUCUAAUGUGGGGUCAGAGCAGAUGAGUGCCACAACUCAUGCCCAACAAGUCAACGGUUUCAUCCCUGGAUGGAUGCUGUGAGAUAAAUCCUCAUAUCAGUCAUAAAAGCUUGCCAAGUAUAUGCUUCUUUAGCUGGCAGUAAAAAAUUUCAUGUAACUUAUUUUCACAUAAAAUCAGCAGUGGCUGAAUUUCAGGGGACCUUUGAAAGGCCUAAUAUCCUUUUAACUUGUUUCACAAGGGGCUUGCAAGAAAUUUAAUUACAAUAUUGGGAACUUAUUUCUUACUUUAACUAU